CAGUGACACUUGUUCGUUUCAGUUUAAGUGCAUAAACAUGAAAUCCUUGGUUAUCUGUUUGUUAAUCGGCUCUACAUUGGCCGUUCCGACCAAAGUAGCCGAGAGCAAAGAGAAGAAGGUUGACAAGCGCGGUUUGUUGGGCUUGGGCAUCGCAGGACAUGGCCUCCUCGGCGACGGACUCAUCGGUCACGGUUUAGGAGGAGGAGCUGUUCUUGGUUCAGGCUUAGUCUCCGGUCCGGCUGUUGUAGCUGCUGGUCCAGGAGUUCUGGGUGGUCCAGGUAUCGAAUUGGGAAGGCACACCCACACCCACACCACCAUCACUCGUAAUAUUGGUAUAGCUGUACCGCAACCCGUUGCUGUACCGGUCGAUAGACCAGUGGGAGUUCCCGUUCCAGUUAAAGUACCUGUGGCUGUUGACCGUCCGAUCGCUGUACCAGUACCGAGACCGUACCCGGUGACUGUCGAAAGGCACGUUGCUGUACCAGUCGAUAGACCAGUACCAGUACACGUACCUCAACCAAUUGGAGUACCUGUUGCUGUAUCCAAGACAAUUGUCGCUGAACCUUUGGGCCUGGGACAUGGACUUGGUCACGGACUUAGUCUUGGACAUGGUCUUGGCCACGGUUGGUAAUUCAGCCGAACUUUUUUUCACAUUUUUGAAUAAUAUUUGUACAUAAAAUUCAUAAAAUAAAAUAAAAAAUUAAUAAAUUCGAGUU